UAAUCUGAAUCUGAAUUUAUUGAUACUCUAACGCAAAUUCUCUCCUCGCAAAAUAGACUUCGUCUAUCUUCUAUGACAUCUGACAUUUAACGUUUUUGACGUUUCUAAACACGUGGUUACCAACGACAGGUGCAAAUAAUGGGAAGUGCAGUUUAGAGAAACAGCUGAUUCAGAAUAGCGGAUGACAGAUAGAUACAGGCGGGAAGCAGAGGAGAGAGAGGAGGGAUUCUAUUUAUUCCGCAAGUUUUACUAUAUUGCAAACCAUAGUAUACAUAAUUCAAGCCGUGAUAUAAGUGCACCAUUCAUUACGUUAUCUGUUAAGUGAAGCGUUGACGUUUGUGUCUGUCAUCCAACGCAGUGUGCCGAUGGAUUGCCUUCGAAUGGUGAAUCGUGUUUGCUGAUAUACAGCCCGUGGGCUCUAGAAUUGUGUGUGAUUGAUAAAAGGAGAAAAAAACAGAUCUCGAGAACGGCACGAUGCAGGCGGCUGCUAUCAUUGCGAUAUUAUGCGUUUUCCUUGGUUGCUGCACCAAUGUCGUGUUCCUGGAACUGCUUGUUAAGGAUGAUCCUGGCAGUGGAAACCUUAUUACGUUUUCACAAUUUUUCUUUAUAUCUCUUGAAGGAUUUCUAUUUACUGCGAAAUGCGGCACAGUCAAACCAAAUAUAGGCUUAAAGGAUUACUUUAUUUUAGUCGCAAUGUUUUUUAUUACUAAUGUUUGUAACAAUUAUGCCUUUGACUUUAAUAUUCCCAUGCCAUUGCAUAUGAUAUUUAGAGCAGGUUCCCUCAUAGCCAAUAUGAUUAUGGGUAUUAUUAUUCUAAAGAAGAAAUAUGCAUUUAGCAAAUAUUUAUCAGUAUUCAUGAUUACAACGGGAAUAGUACUCUGCACAAUUGUUAGCAGUCAAGAGAUCAAGUCCUUACAACAGAAAAACGUGGAGCAAGUGGCCACGACACCAUGGGAUGACUUCUUCUGGUGGAGUUUGGGAAUAAGUCUACUCACAAUAGCUCUAUUCAUCUCUGCUAGAAUGGGCAUCUACCAAGAAACGCUGUACAGCCGGUAUGGUAAAAAUGCGCGGGAAGCUUUAUUUUACACACAUUUUUUACCUAUGCCAUUCUUCUUAACACUAGCGCCUAAUAUUUACGAACAUUGGAAGUUUGCGCUCGCAUCCGAGCCGAUGAGGAUACUGUUUAAUAUACAAGUGCCAUCAUUAAUUGUAUAUUUAAUUGGAAACGUUGUGACGCAAUAUAUAUGCAUCAGCUCUGUAUUCGUUUUGACGACAGAGUGUAGUUCCCUCACAGUUACUUUAGUAAUAACGCUGCGAAAGUUUAUGUCUCUGUUAUUCUCUAUUAUCUACUUCAAAAAUCCGUUUACUAUAUAUCAUUGGAUUGGUACGCUACUAGUCUUCAUAGGUACAGUCAUAUUUACUGAAGUAGCACCAAAGAUUAUGCAAAGCUUACAAAAACCUAAGACGAAAAAAGUGGAGUAGAUAUUAUAUGUAUAAUAUUGUUUUUUUAUAUAUUACAUAUAUAAUAUAUAAACAUUAAUAACUUAUAUGAGGCAACGCACUCACCUUUUAUUUCUUUUAAAUAUAUGAUAAAGCUCUGAACGAGUUUUUUUAAAA